GACAGGCCGGUGAUGGCGUCUGCUUGGAAGACGAUCUUGUCUGUCAACCAGUACCUUGAGGACAAUGGAGACAAGAGAACUGACCCAUGGCUGCUGGUCUACUCGCCCAUCCCGGUGGUUGUCAUCAUUAUAAUGUACUUGAUCAUGGUGUGGGCGGGCCCACGGUUGAUGAAACAUAGGGACCCCAUUGACCUACGGAAGGUUCUCAUCCCUUACAACUUGGCUAUGGUGGGCUUGUCGGUCUACAUGUUCCAUGAGUUCUUGGCAACUUCCUGGCUCUCCAACUACAGCCUGCGCUGUCAGCCGGUGGACUACAGCGACACACCGCUACCUAUGAGGAUGGCGCGGGUGUGCUGGUGGUUCUUCUUCUCUAAAGUCAUUGAGCUAAGUGACACGCUCAUCUUCAUCCUCAGGAAGAAGAACAACCAGCUAACUUUCCUUCAUGUCUUCCACCACGCCACCAUGGUCUUAAAUUGGUGGUUUGCUAUCAAGUACACAGCUGGCGGACAGUCCUUUUUUGUAGGCAUGCUCAACUCUUUGGUCCACUCUGUGAUGUACACUUACUACGGCCUGGCUGCUAUUGGUCCUCACAUGCACAAGUAUCUGUGGUGGAAGUCAUACCUCACCUGCCUGCAGCUGUUCCAGUUUGUCCUGGUUCUCAUCCACACAAGCUACAACCUCCUCGUCCAAUGUGAUUUCCCUGUCAUUACCAACGUUGCAGUGUUUCUUUACACCAUCUUCCUCAUCAUCCUCUUCGGUAACUUCUACCGACGCAGCUACCUGGAUAAAAGGAAGCAGAAGUAA